GUUGGACUGCAUUCCGGGCCUUCGAAUUAAUGGAGAGUUGAAAAUAAUGGGCUAAAAACAACGGGUGCCUGACUAUAGUAGCGUGAGGAGACCUCCUCGCGUCGCGUGUAGGUUUGCGCCUUUCAAAAGCCCCUCACCACUUCUCUCCCUCCCAUCUUUCCUAGAUGAAUUGAAUUCUUUCUCAAUAAAAACGGAUGACUUGUAGAUGUCAGUCCCACAUUCCCAGCACCGGAAAACAACGACCUUGCACCCACUCUCACCCGCUCUUUCGCUAUUUUUAUACACUCUCUUCAGUGUGUUAAUCAAGUCUCCGCAAUCUCUCGCCAUUACCAUUCCUCCUAAUUCUCUCUCUCUCUCUCUCUCUCUCUCUGAUCUCUUUCUCUCUGUGUGUGUGAAAGGAAGAAUAAAAAAGAAAAGAAAAAAAAAAGGAAAUGAAGAAAAUCAACAUGAUACUGAGGAAAUGCAAGAGCCUGUCAAGGCAACUGGGGAGAUCUUCUUCAUAUAGCAGCUUACGGUCCAAAUCAACAAGGGAAGAAUUAUGGAAUGUUGACAUGCAAGAUGAUGAUGAACAUCACAAAACUGUAUUCGUGGGAAGCACCAGAAAGCGCUACGUGAUUAGCUCCAAGUACCUUAGCCAUCCUCUUAUAGAUGCCCUCAUCGACAAAACCAAGCACAAGACUUCUUCAGGGGAUGAUAUUUUGGUGGUCAGGUGUGAGGUGGUUCUAUUCGACCAUCUCUUAUGGAUGCUUGAGAAUGCGGACCCAAAUCUCAGCUCCGAGUGCUUGCAGGAAUUGGCUGAGCUUUAUGUUUUCUGAGGUCCCUAAUGCUUGAGGUCUGGUGUUCAGGGACAGAAGCAUACUGGGUUUCAUCUCAGGUUGUUUCUUUUGCAUCUGAGAAUUGUAAGUGCAUGCAUGCCUCACUUCUUCUUCUUCUUCCUGAUGCAUAUGAUUGAUUUCUGUCAUAACUCCUUGGGAAAUUGACAGACCAACACAUGAUCCAUGAGUUUCUGUUGUUAUUCCAUGAUUCUUUAUCCUUAAAUGUAAGUUAAUAAAUACAAAUUAAUCAAAACAUGCCAUGUCUUUAGAUAA